AUGGUGAAUAGAACAUUAAUUAAGAAUUCUAAAUUCACAAUUCCUAACCAAUUUACAUUAACGCAGGCGUUAGAACUUUUGUAUAUUAUUAUAGAAAAACAAUAUGGGAAUCUAAAGAUAAGGUAUGCUAAGAUGGAAGAAGGAAUUGAUGUGUCUGUCGAUGAUGUAACGAAACUAUACAAGGCAACAACCUCACUUCUGGAUGAUUUAUAUGUAAGUUUAUUUGUUAUCGAGGACUGUUUCAAGUGCGACAAUUUGUUAAACAGAGAAACAUGGGCAAAUACAGAAGUUUCUCAUAUAAUAGAUGAUUUUUUUAUUCUAAAUGAGGAUAUAAGGGUCGCAAGAUUGAAUAGUAAAGCUUUCCUUCUCGAACAUAGGAAUCGAUAUAAUUUUCUACAAAAAUUUAAUGCGUUGGGUAUAAAUAAAUCGAAUUUCAAAAAGGACGACGAAGAAGAAGAAUACAUCUUUAGGGAAGCUCGGGAGAUAAGGAGAUAUAGAGAGAUUAAGCAAACCAAUGAAAUAAAAAAUGAAAGAGAGAAACAAGUUUUAUUGGAAAAAACAAUAGAACUAAGGUUAAGGAAUGAGUUACAGAAAGAAUUUGAAAAAAAAUUAGAAACUGAGAGGAAAAAAUUGAUUAAUAAGUAUGCUAGUUUAAGUAAAGCUAUGGAACCUAUAAAACCAAAAUCAACUGUAAAAAAUAGUAAAGGAUCAGGGUCUCUUCCUCCUCCUCCUCCUCCUCCGAGUGCUAAUAUGGAUAGAGCUUCUAAUGUAAAAUUAACUAGACGAUCUUUAGAGGUUUCCAAAGCUCUUAAUGAUCAAACAAAUAACAUCAAUUCACAGAGGACUUCUUUCGAUAUUCACGACAUUGGUCGUGCUGCCAAUUUGGCCUGGACUUCAAAUUCGGGUGUCGAGAGAUCAAAUAUAAAUAAAUCUAAAAAUACAUCACUUCCGAGAAGAACACGAUCCAGUGAAGCAAUAAAGAGUAACUAUGAAGCAAUCAAGGUAGGAAUUCAAGGAAAAUCCAUAAGCUCACAGAAUAAAGUGGCUACUAAAACGAAACAAGAGAAUCUAAUUUCAGAAACAAGAAAAAUAAGUAAACAAAGUGUAAAACCAAAAACGAAAGGUAAUCCAAGUAAGUUAAUAAGUGAUAACAAGACGAAUGGAAACGUUGCUAUGACUGGAGGAAAAGAGGAUACAACAAAAUCUUUAUUAGAAAUCAGAAUAGCGCAAGUAAUGAAAUCACUUGUUGGUGUUGAUAAAGGAGCCUGCGAAUUGAUUUUAAAUAAUAUACUGGUUCAAAAUGAUGUGGUUCAUUGGGAUGAUAUAGCUGGCUUAAACUCCACAAAAGAAGCAUUAAAGGAGGCAGUUGAAUAUCCAUUUUUAAGACCUGAUUUAUUUAUGGGUCUUAGAGAACCAAUAAGUGGAUUAUUAUUAUUUGGUCCACCUGGGACAGGCAAAACUAUGGUAGCGAAGGCAGUUGCAACUGAAUCAAAUUCAACAUUUUUUAGCAUAAGUGCAUCGUCAUUAUUAUCGAAGUAUCUUGGAGAGUCUGAGAAGUUAAUAAAAGCUUUGUUUUAUUUAGCCAAGAAAUUAGCACCAUCGAUUAUAUUUAUUGAUGAAAUAGAUUCCCUGCUGACAUCAAGGUCUGCGAAUGAAAAUGAAUCUUCCAGACGUAUUAAAACAGAAUUAUUAAUUAAAUGGUCCUCGAUAUCGAAUGCAACGACAAAGGAAGUUGAUGAUGAAAGUGAAGAUAACCGUGUUUUAGUUUUGGGAGCAACAAAUUUACCUUGGGAGAUUGAUGAAGCAGCUCGGAGAAGAUUUACAAGAAGAUUAUAUAUUCCUUUACCUGGGUUAGAGACGAGAUUAUAUCACCUUAAAAAGUUACUACAGCAUCAGAAACAUCAUAUUACGGAUGAACAAUUUCUUAAAAUUGCGGAGUAUCUGGAUGGAUACUCCGGGUCAGACAUAACAGCUUUAGCUAAAGAGUCUGCAAUGGGGCCUAUUAGAGAGCUCGAAGGCAAUCUAUUAGAUGUAAAUGUUACAUCGAUUAGAGGAGUUACAGAAGAAGACUUUUUGAAUGCUUUGAAUAUUAUAAAAAAAAGUGUUUCCAGUAAAUCUCUUGAUGAUUACGAAAGGUGGUCCUCAAGUUUUGGUAGUUCUGGUGACUAA